UAAUUGCACAGUUCAUGGCUUAUAUUGCCUUCUCAAAAAAAUCUCUCAUCCUGUACAUUUGGUAGUGUAAAAAAUACUUGUACAGGGUCAGGGUGCACCAUAAAAAAUCACAACUUUGGGUUUUGAAAACAGCUUGAUUUCGCUGAAUCUGAAUCUAAAUUGUUUGCCCAGGUGUCGCAAUUCUGCAAAAGUACCUAGGUAGCCUCUGAUGCUGCUUCAUGAUAAAAUUUUGGUCGCUACAUCAUUUUGAUCCCCUUUUCAUUUGAUUUGGUCAAACUCAAACUGGGAAUGAGAGUGUAACAAUGUAAUAUUUGCAAUCAUUUUCUUUUCAUGAGUUUAGGUCGAAGAUACAUCCCAUUACCAACCAUGGAUGUGCUGCGCCCACCUUUGGUGUGGGCAAUGGGCCAGUGUUAUAGGAAAAAUCUCUCAUCAGAGGUUGAGGAUGGGAAUCAAGAGGACCCGGAGGACACAGCAUAUCAUGAUGAGUGUGGAUGGAAUGAUGAAGUAUGUGACAGUCUUAUCUUGGAAGAGACUGACUCUGGCUUCAGAUAUGAGAUGAGCGUCCCAAGUGCUUAUUUUAAAUUCAUCAUCGGAAAAAAGGCCGAAACAAAACGACGCCUGGAGAAUGAGACAGCGACACAGAUCAGGAUUCCUAAACCAGGUCAAGAUGGACCUAUAGUGAUUCUUAGUCGUGAGCGUAGAGGUGUGGUGUCAGCCAAAACCAGGAUAGAUGUGAUGGUCGAUUCAGCUCGUCAGAGGCAACCGUUCACACAUUUCCUCUCCUUCCCUGUGAAUGGUCAGUCUGUCAAGGAUUCAUUCAUGGACUUCAAGCAUGAUGUCUUACGGGAAUGUGACGGGGAUAGGGGCUUGGAUGACACUUUAUUUCAGAAUUCGUCCAAACUUCACCUGACCCUGGGAACCUUGGUGCUCCUGGAUGAUGCUGAGGUACAGCAGGCAGAAGAACUGCUUCAGGAAUGUAAACAAGAUUUAAUAGGACCUGUCUCGAAGGAUGAGCCACUGAAAGUCUACAUCCAGGGCUUGGAGUACAUGAAUGAUGAUCCAAAUGCUGUUGAUGUGUUGUAUGCUAAAGUGGAAUUAGAAGAUGAAUCAGACAGGUUACAAAUACUCUGUGAUCGCCUCGUAGAUAAGUUUGUAUCGUCUGGUUUGAUGCACCGCGACUCCGACCGUGUGAAGAUUCAUGUGACUGUGAUGAAUACGAUGUUCCGUAAGGAUCCCAGUGGGGCGGUCAUCCAAGCCAAGAGCGGACAGAGAGGUGCUACAAAAGAGCGAGUCUCUUUCGACGCUUCUAAUGUUUUAAGACUAUUUGGAAACUACAGUUUUGGACAGCUAGUCAUUGGCCAACUGCAUCUAUCGCAGAGGUAUUCAACGAGUUGUGAUGGUUACUACCAAGCUGCCGCAGUGAUAGACUUGCCGUCGUAGCAAUGGAUGUGUGGACUUGUUAACUGUUGUGGUGGUGUUGGUUAUAUUGUAUACACCAUUCUCAUCUCUGUGCUCAUAUCCAUGGGUUAAGGGAUUUUGUGCAUGGCAGUUGUGUCACUGCUGCAAAAAGUUGUUAAAUAAAAAUAAAACUG